UGUUCUUACUUCCUUUUAGGAAAGUUACAUGUAGGCUACAAAUCUAAAGAUUACCAAAAUAACCAACCAAUUCUCUUUUAUGGAGCAAAUAUUCACAGUUUAUAACACCAACAUUUUCCUUCCAGGCUGCUGCAGAGGCCCAGAAACUCACACUUCCUCUGCCAUUACCACACAGAGAGUGGUCACCUGUGGUGACGCUACCAAUGUCCAGCACCUGAGCUGUGAAAAGGGGGUGAUCAUCGUGCAGGCAGCUCUGUAUGGACGUAGAGACACAGAGACCUGCAGCGAAGGCAAGCCUGUAGCCGAGCUCUCCGACACAAGCUGCUCCCAGUCUGGAACUCUGGAUGUCCUCAAGGAAAGAUGUAAUGGCAAAGAGGUGUGUGAAAUAGAUAUAACCGUGGUUAAUACUCCUGAUCCCUGCUCUAGCAUCUACAAGUACCUGGACACCACCUACAGCUGCUUCCCAGCAGUCCACAGUGUGACCUGUGAGGGAUCUCUGGCAUACCUCCAGUGUGAUGAUGGGCAGCUUAUUUCUGUCUUAGGGGCUUUUUAUGGACGUAGUGACCAGUCAACAUGCAUUUAUGGGCCUCCCACUGGUGAGGUUCAAAAUGUCCAAUGCCACUAUGCUGCUACUGAAGUUGCUGACAGCUGUAACGACAGAAGCAGCUGUUCGGUCAAAGCAGCUGACUCAGUGUUUGAUGACCUGUGUUCAGCCACCUACAAGUACCUGGAGGUUGCCUACAUCUGUAAGCAUCCUGAGAAUGGAAGUCAAGACUGAAAUCAAGAUUAUAUCAUUAUAAAUAUUAUAGAAAUGGAAUGCAAGUUUAAUCAUG